UCCCACCCCACCCCGAGCACCCGGGCCGACGUUCCCCCCACCCGGGGGACCUGGACCCUCCCCGGGGUCAGCAUCCCCCCACCAACCAACAAUGGAACCUCCCCUGGGACCAGGGGCCAUGCCCUCCGUGUCAAUGGGACCAAAUAACGGGACACCAAAUGUGCCUGAUAAUCCAUCUCCAGCGAGCAAUACCACAACCCCCCCUGUGGAGGCAACCCCCCAGAACAUGGGACACCCCUCGAUGGGACCGCCACAGGGGCCGAAUGGACCUGCACAGCCACCCCCUGUAACAACUGCACCAUCCCUGGGACCACCCCCUGGGACAGUGGGACCACCUACCGGGACAGCUACACCACCUAUUGGGACAGCAGGACCAACCAUUAGGACAUCAGGACCACCUCUCCGGACAGCAGGACUGCCCCCUGGGACAGCAGCACUAACCCCUGGGACAGCAGGACCAGCCAUCGGGGCAGCAGCACAGGGACUCCGGACAGCAACACCAACCCCUGGGAUAGCAACACCAACCCCUGGGACAGCAGGACCAGCCCUUAGGAGUGCAGGCCUCUCUCCCAGGCUGGCCUCACCAAUGCCUCACAGUUCUUCCCCUACUGCAGGGAAGACACCAGGCCCAGGUACCAGUCAACAAAACCAGUCUGUGCCAGAUCUGUCCGGUAUGAACCAGUCACAGCCAGACCAGACUGGAAAGUCAGGUCCAUCAGGGGAUAACACAGCCUCACAGGCACCUGGGGAGACAACGCAGAGUCAGCUGCAGGGCCCUGCAGAGUCGCUAGGGGGAAACGGAACAGCUUCAAACGUGGCGGCGGAACCAGACAACGUUAAGGCGCCCGGAUCAAUCGCCCAGCAAUCAGUUACACAUGAGAAAGCAGGCGCAAAGGAACAAGCCAGCACUAGUUCACCAUCAGUACCACCAGAGGUACAAGGUAAUGGUAAAACCUCAUGUACAGCCUCCCAGGUGGACCCACAACCUGAUGCAUCUGGCACUGGUCAAGACAAACCAGAGGGGGAAGGUGGAAGCAUGGGGGAGGGGGUGAGCAAGGGUGGAGCACAGGAGGAUACAACCCCGCCCCAGGACAGUGGUAGUGAGAUGUCGGCAAGCGAGGGGGGAGGUGGGGGAAAGGGAGAGACUGUUGGCAUGGCAACAGAGGUGGUAGCCCCACCUAGCAACCAGGAAGAGUCUAUCCCUGUGAGCUCCAUGGAGACCUCAUGUUCAACUGGUGGCCCUGUUCAAAGUGGUUCAGAAGUCAAGCAGACACUGGAUGUGCAGCAAGAAAACACAACAACAGAGGCUGGUAACAAAGAUCUCCCCCCAGCAGGUGAGGGAGGAACUGCAGCGCCGACAAAACAGGCAGGCAGCUCAGAAACAGCAGCUGCAGUACAGCAGGAGCUGCCAGGGGGCACAGGUGGUACUACAAACAGCACUUCAGGUCAACCUGCAUCAGGUCAACCGGCGUCUGGAACAGCAGAUGACAAGAAAGGAGAAGAAAAAACUCCAGAAGUCCCGACUUCGUCUCAGGAGCAGACUGCCAAGAAACGUGAAUUACCUAAAGAUCUGGAAGAGAAGGGCCCCUCCCCACUCAAGCAGAGCAAGUCAUAGCAGAAUUUCAUCCCACCAACCUUCUGUUGUCAUUGUUUUACACAUACUAAACUUGCACCUGGUCACAUGUUUGGUGUAAGAUUGUAACAAAUUGGUUAAUACAAAGUAGGCAAGAGGUAUUUUUGUGGGGGGGUUGAAUUGUUCAUGGAGUAACUGUAAAUUCAGAAACUUUUGCAGUGUGAAUUAGUGACUUGUAGUCAGUACUUAUUUCAACCACAAACUUCAAACAGUGCAAAAACUUUUUCCCUCCUACGACCACGAAAGUAAAUUUUACAGAAGCUUGCAGUUCUAUGAAAGACAAGAUUAUUUCAUAAUACGUUUUACAAUGAAUGAUUAAAA